GUUCUUCUUUAGCAAUUGUUUACUUGUCUUUUUCACGUAUCGUACAGGAAAAAUGAUUAUACGUUUCCGAAGCAGGAUGGGAAUGUCCCGUGCGGAAUUCCAACCUACAGAUACCUUGCAAAUGUUAAAGGACUAUGUUUUAUUUAAUGUUUUAAAAAAUCAAUACACUCCAGAAAACGUUUCACUUUGCAAAGAUGAGUCAGACAUGGGUACACCUUGCUCUCAAGUUGACGAGAAAACUCUGCAAGCAGCAGGUGUAACACACGGAAACAUGAUUUUCUUGCGUCUUGGAUCUCCAAGAGAGUUGCCAGCUUCUACUCCUGUUCCUCCUGGUAAAGAAGGUGUUGCUGAAGUUGAGAUCUCAAAAGACAACGCUUUGUCAGCUACAAAUUCCAGUAAUGUUGCAUCCGCUCAUGUUGCUCAAGACAAUAUUGAUGAUGCUCUUGAAUUGCAGGAUGGUCUUAUUCCCCGAUCUGCCACACCGUUUUGUCGACAUGGACCGAAAGGCAUGUGCGAUUAUUGCUCCCCUCUAGAACCAUAUGACGAGAACUACCAACGCGAAAACAAAAUUAAACACAUGUCCUUCCACUCUUAUUUGAGAAAAGUAAACUCUAAUGUAAAUAAAUAUGCCAGUACCCAAUCUUUCAUUCCUCCCCUGGAAGAACCCUACUUCAAAGUCAAAGAAAAAUGUCCUUCCGGUCAUCCUCCUUGGCCUUUGGGUAUUUGCUCCAAAUGCCAACCUUCCACAAUCAUGAUGAACUUGCAACCUUUCCGAAUCAUUGAUCAUGUUGAGUUUGCUUCUCCAUCGAUUGUCGAUUCUUUCUUGAACGCUUGGCGAAGAACUGGGUUCCAGAGAAUUGGAUAUACAUAUGGACAUUAUGAACCUUACACAGCUGUUCCAUUAGGUACUAAGGCUGUCGUUGAAGCAAUUUACGAACCUCCCCAAGUUUCUGAAGCGGACGGUGUUACUCUAGAAGAAUGGCCCGAAGAAGCUUUGGUGGAUCGAGUGGCUGCUGCAUGUGGGCUCCGUCGUGUUGGUAUAAUUUAUACCGACUUAACUGAUGAUGGUAGUGCUACUGGAAAAGUUCUUUGCAAGCGUCAUGCCGACUCUUACUUUUUGUCUUCUCUUGAGGUUUACAACUCUGCGCAUUUCCAAUCGAAAUUUCCCAAUCCAAGCAAAUGGUCCCAAAGUGGGUUUUUUGGAUCCAAGUUUGUUACUUCUGUCAUUAGUGGAAAUCCCAAUGGUGAGAUUGAAGUUACUUCUUACCAAGUAUCCAAUGUAGCUACUUCAUUAUUUAAGGCUGAUCUUAUUCAGCCCAGUAUCGAUCCAGAUCGCAUGCUAGUAAAACGGGAAGACAAAUCUCGAUACGUACCGGAUGUCCUUUAUCGUUACAUUGACGAAUACAAAAAGCAGGUUUCCAAGAAUGCGAAGCCUGCUUUUCCUGUUAGCUUUCUGCUCGUGACUUUAACAGAUGGAUUCCCAGAAGAAUCUAAACCCAUGUUUGCGAAACAUGAUACAUCAUUGCCUAUUACUAUAGAAACGGCUGAUGAAACUGGUCGCUUAAGACAGCUGGCAAAACUCUUUGAUCAUGAUGCUGUAAAAAAUGGAAGCCUUUCCAACUUUCCGAUCAUUUUGUUAUUGGCCCAGUUAUCUAUUUUAAAAGAGGAUGAUAUGGAAGUCUUUGCAAAAUAUGCAAUGUCUCCAACCGAGGAAAAUGAGAAGAAUUUAAACACAAGAGAAAGCUACCAAACGCUAUUAGCUGUUCUCUAUAGUAGCCUCUAAACUAAUGCUUGAAUUUUUUGCUCCAUUAAGCAAUUUUUGAACUUAUGUUAUGAUAGAUUUCAUGGUUUUGCCGAUAAAAACAAGCAGGAUGAAGAAUAAAUAUAAUGACAACGAUUUCAUUAGAUUUCAAUCAACCACUGCUUUCACGCUGAGGAGUGCAUACUAGCUAAACUACCACCGCAUGAAACAAGAUGGUAGGGCUAUCUUCAUACAAUUGCUAUUUUCUCUCAUUGUAAAGAAUCGUAAUUUUCCAGCG